CUCGCCCAUUUCACCUCAAUAGAUUCAAGAUGGCGCUCAAACCUUUGAUGCGAGGUCUGCAGGCAGACCUGUCACUCAUUACGGCUCGUCAUUGGCCUGGCACUCGGGAAGCUAUCAUUGAAACACAACCCGGAAACCUGAAGAUGUAUUUGGAGAGUCUCGUAGAAAACUGUAAGCACCCACCGGCAGCUGACGCCGUAUGCAGAUAUGCUGACUGCCUGCAAGUUACCAUGGAAAUAUACUUCAGCGAUCUUGACUUUGAGGGAUUUCUGCGCAUCGGCUGCAUAGAUGCGUGUAAGCUGGAAUAUCAUCCUGGCUGCUGGAAGGAGCUGCGUGCGGAACAUCGGCAGCAGCAUUCUGAGAAGGAUUUCCUCGGUGCGGGCUGCCUCACGCCGGACUGUGCGGGUGUCAUCUCUAGCGUCGUGAUGUAUGGAUCGGACGGUGCUGUGCGGAGAGAGUACAGGGACACGACAAGACAGCGCAGCGCCUCUCCACAUUGCAUGAGACGAUCGCUGAAGAUGCAGCCAAGGUAG